AUGUAUGAACCAGUUGAGAAAAAGGUCCACAAUUUUAUAGAUGUGGAGUUUAAGGAAGACCAUUGUGACAAUUGGGAGGAAGUUGAAGAAAAUGAGAAACAUGCUCAAUGGAAGGAGGGUGAUGUGAGAGAAGAAUUGAUCAUGUACCCUGAAGUGCCUCUGGCAAUGAGGAUGUCUAGUCAUCUUCUGUUUGGAAUUGUUCGAAUACACGCCCAACAAGUGGAGUCUCUUCUUAGAGACUCCAAUACUCUCCUGAUAGAGAUACGGAAUGCUUUUACUUCAACAGACCUGAUGAAUCUGAGUCAUGCAACAUUCGGGUCUGUCUUGCCUGACAAGUUCAAACUUGAUUCCUUAGACAUUGAUACUGAUUUCAGUGAGAGUUCUUGGGACAAUCAUCUGAAGGACACCAAAGAAAUAACCCUUGAAGAUUAUUCUGGCACACUUGUGGGUGCAACUCUCGGUGCUGAACACUGUGAUCCUUCUAAUCGCCAGCUGAGAGCUGCAUUGCUAAGUUACAAUGAUGGUUAUCCAAGUUAUCAAGGAACUGAAAUCAUGCGUGAGGCAGCUUUCUUUCAGUAUGCUUCUGAAAUGGAUCUCUUUUGCCCAGACCAAAGGGAAGACAGAUUGGAACCAGAUUGGGAUCUGAUGAAAAUCUUGGAAAAAACAGAAGCCGAUAAUUUAGGGGUUGAGUUAGUUCCAGCAGCUUCUCCUCUUUCAUCUCAACAACACCAACAGCCAAUUUCUAUUUUAUCAGAAGAGACUCCGGAAUUUUUGGACCCUGACAGUGAUUACGGAUGGGCAUCACCUACCUUGCAGAUUCCUUCAAUUCCUCAGCCUCAGCAGACCCUUCCCAAAGAAAUGAUAAGCCAUCAAUAUGAUAUUAACACAACAAUUCUGAGUGACAAGUUUAUGAAGAAAAGGAUUGCUGAUUCCAGCAGCAUCCUGCGUCCAAGAAAGAAUUUCCGACGAGACCCUCUGGGCAGGGUUGGGCAGUGA